CUCGUCUGUCCCUCGUGUCGAGGGGAGUCGGUCUCUUUUUUCCCUCGGCAGAGAAGAGGCGAUGGCGGCGCUGGCAUCCCUCGGCGCCCUGGCGCUCCUCCUGCUGUCCAGCCUCUCCUGCUGCUCAGCGGAGGCCUGCGUGGAGCCCCAGAUCACCCCUUCCUACUACACCACCUCGGAUGCCGUCAUUUCCACUGAGACUGUUUUCAUCGUGGAGAUCUCCCUGACGUGCAAGAACAGGGUCCAGAACAUGGCUCUUUAUGCUGACGUCAGUGGAAAACAGUUUCCUGUCACCCGGGGCCAGGACGUGGGGCGUUAUCAGGUAUCCUGGAGCCUAGACCACAAGAGCGCCCAUGCAGGUACCUACGAGGUCAGAUUCUUCGAUGAGGAGUCCUACAGCCUCCUGAGGAAGGCUCAGAGAAAUAAUGAGGACAUUUCCAUCAUCCCACCCCUGUUCACGGUCAGUGUGGACCAUCGGGGCACCUGGAACGGGCCCUGGGUCUCUACGGAGGUGUUGGCUGCAGCCAUCGGCCUAGUGAUCUACUACCUGGCCUUCAGUGCCAAGAGUCACAUCCAGGCCUGAAGGUGGCACCCCUGGGCUCUUGCUACUUUAAAUAAACAGUUGCUGGCUCUAACCAGGACACG